AUGACCGGCGGCGAUGAAGAGACCUCAUUUCUGGAAGUCGUCAAGGCAUGUGACGACUUCCCAUACGGCCCAGCCGCCGAGAGCUAUUAUCAGCUCUACUUGCCCGAGGACGACCAACCGCAUGGAUACAUGCUGCCAGAGAUCGUCCACAAGAUGCCUUGGACGCAGCACUUCUCCAUCAGUCACGAGCAUCCUCGCAAGAUUCGAAUUUUUGACCGCUCAAAAGGCAAGGACACGGCCACCGCGAUCAACGCCGCUUUUCAGGAAGUCGUGGACAUUUGCAUAGAGCGCGAUUUGUUCCAUGUUAUAUGCGCCAGGCAUAGCGAGCCGUUUGCUAUCGCUGGAGCUCGCUACGGAUCACCGGUAUAUGUUGAGCGCUUUGCUGCUUCGCUUUUUGGAAUCACCACCCGAGGAGCUCAUCUUGUGGCAUACAGCAAGACGCCUGAAGGCGAGAUGAAGCUCUGGAUACAAAGGCGUUCUGCUCAUCUUUACACCUACCCAAAUAUGCUUGAUAGCGCAGUCGCUGGUGGUGUCAAGUCCGGAGUCUCGCCUUUCGAAACCAUCGUGCAGGAAGCAGAUGAAGAAGCCUCCCUCUCGAAAGACUUUGUUCGCCAACAUGCAAAGUCAAAAGGCGUACUUUCUCACAUGGGUCUUACUGGCAAGGGUUUUCCUGGCGAGCAGGGUCUUGUAACGCCUGACUACAUAUACGUAUUCGACAUUCAGCUUCCACCAGAUGUCAAGCCCAAGCCUUACGAUGAUGAAGUUGACUGUUUUUAUUGUAUGAGCAUUGACGAAAUAAAGAAGGCUUUAUUUGCUGGCGACUUCAAGCCAGAUUCUGGAGCCGUCAUCGUGGAUUUUCUGAUUCGCAACAGCGUUAUCACGCCAGAGAAUGAGAAGAACUUUGUGGAGAUCAACAUGCGACUACAUCGAUGGCUACCAUUUCGAACUGGAUGA